GUGUAAUAUUGUCACGUGACCGCGUUAGCUCUGGGCUACAACCAAGUUUGUUAGCCUAUUCUUGUAUACAUUUUUUGAAAUUGCCACCCUUAAAUAUGCCGAAUUAUCUGUUAGUAGUUCCUGAACGCAACGUACUCGUGGACGCAUACACAGACCACAUUAAAAACGUAAGAAAUCCUAAACGUGGUGAUUAUCAGGCGAGAUCUGGAGGAUAAAGACGGGUCUUUUUUUUCUGGGAUUUCUAAGCGGAUUUACGGACGAUUGUUGCGAUGAACUUCAAAGAUAGCUAAGUGGUCGCGUGGCCGUUAACGUCAACGGUGACACGAGCAUGUCUUCAGGUUAUCCCACGCCCGUUUACUCCCACGCUGGACGAGGAGACUUCCGCGAUGUUUACGAGCCCGCGGAGGACUCCUUCCUCUUGGUUGACGCCCUGGAGAAGGAUGCAGAGCUGCUGCAGCAGAUGAGACCGCACGUGUGUCUGGAGGUGGGCAGCGGCUCGGGAGUGGUGUCUGCUUUCCUGGCAUCGGUGGUCGGACCUUCUGCUCUAUAUCUUUGCACUGACGUGAAUCCUGCAGCUGCGCAGUGCACAGCAACGACAGCGUCCUGCAACAAGGUGUCACUGCAGCCCAUCCUCACAUCCUUGGCAGAGGGUCUUCUGCCCCGCUUAGGUGGAGAAGUGGACGUCCUCCUCUUCAACCCUCCCUAUGUGGUCACGCCUUCGUGGGAGGUCGGCAGCACCGGUAUCGAGGCCGCUUGGGCCGGCGGGAAGCGAGGUCGAGAGGUUACCGACAGACUGCUGCCCGUGGUGGCACAGUUGCUCUCCAGUAACGGGUUAUUCUACCUCAUUACCAUCGCAGAGAAUGAGCCAGAGGAGAUCAUCCGUUUACUGGGAAAACACGGCUUAAAGGGAGAGACGCGCAUGUCGACUAGAGCUGGAAACGAGAGACUGUCCGUCCUGCGCUUCAACAGGAGCUGACCGUCACUCUCAUCCCCUGAAAAAGAUUACAAGAGUGAUUUUUAGAUCGUCUUUUUUUUGCGUUCCGAGAUGCAGUAUUGUCUGCGGGGGACAAAGGAAGAUUCACCUCUGAAGAACAAAAACUUCUUCUGCAAGGAUUUGGUGAAAGGACUAAAGUGUCUGUCCUACUGGCAAAUUAGUAGGAAAAUAAAUGUAAAGAAAUGAAACACAAAA